AUGCAUUCUCAUAAUAUUGCUCAUCGCGACCCCUGCCUCUUGAAUCUCAUGAUGGACCCUUCCGAGGUCGUACCUGAAGGCUCUCAUUUCGCCAACACACACCGAAAUCGUAUGGGUGAAGAUCACUACGAAUGGCGCGACAGAUGUCUGGUGCACCCACCAGUCGCCUACUACUUCAUAGAUUUUGAGCUUUCUGAAUAUUACCCAAACGGUGCACAAACCGCUCAAUCCAUUGGCAUUUAUGGUCAAGACAGGACCGCCCCGGAACUAUCUGACACGACGCCCUACAACCCGUUCAAGGUCGACGUCUACCAACUUGGCAAUACUUUCGUUGAGCUCAGCGAGAGAUAUCCCAUCAUCCCGACUAUCUUUGGUUCCCUUUUGGAGGCCAUGACACACCCAAAUCCAGACGAGCGGCCAACUGCGUCGGAAGCCGUGCAUCGGCUCGAGAAAAUCUGUUCUGACUUGUCCCCAGAGGAACUCGGGGAAAAGCUGGUAUAUGUUCUCGACACAGAGGGCUAUGACAGUGGCGAAUCUGUCUCGGAGUACGAGCUAUUCUCCGCGAGCUCGUCGGAUGAAAGCGACGAUGGCAUUAACGCGGCACCUGAUGCGGAUACCAAAUCAGCGCAAGGCUCAGAGGAUUUGUUACUGCCACCCUGGGUACAACAAGCACCAGCCUUCGACUAUGGGAAGGUGUUUCCGAGGGAAGACUCCUGGAUCGACGAACCGUGGGAGGACAGCAUCUCAGAGUACACACCAGACUCGGAGUCCCCUCCUGAAUCCAUCACUAGCGCCAUCUUGUCUGCCUCGGAAUCCUCUGAUAUUGAGUCUGGGAUCGGCAAGGAUGACCAGAGUCUACAUUCUGUGCUGAAAAACGACGACUCUGCAUCGGACUCGGGCUCGGACAGUGACACAAGCUCAAGAUCGCAAGGCCCGCAAGUUUGGCCCACUGACCAGGCAGCAUCCCUGGAAGAGGAACGAGAAGAAUUACCGCUGAAAAUCACCAUGCUGGAGGCACAUGAACGACAUCUGGUUGCGAGCUAUGAUAUUGAAGAGGUUGUUGGGCUGAUCAUGGAGUUCUAUGAAAUGCUUGUCGACAUGGGACACUGGGAGGCAACAGAACUCAUGUAUGCACCGCAUACCGACCCGCCAGUCAAUGCAGAACAUGCGCUCGAGCUCGGCUACGACGAAAACGCAGUCGAACUGAUGCAAAGGCUGCCCUAUGUUCGCGAGCACGACCUGAACGAGGGGCGGCGACCAUAUCCCCAAGCCCAUGCCGAUGACGGCAUUGACCUUGAUCCGGGACUGCUACCGUUGAUGCUCCCGUGGCGGCAUGGCUGGCUUGUGUUGUUAGACACGCGACUCGGCCUAGUGCGCGCUUUCCUGCCAGAUGACGCGCCUGAAAAAUAUGCACUUGAUAAUGUCCAGCUCGUGCGUUACGGUCCCCAGCCAGAUGACCCCUCUUUCACCCGCCGGCUCUGGCGGAGGGUCCCCGGCAUCCCCGCGACGCAGUACUUCCAGGCCCUCAUAGGAGCAUACCGCUCACUGGUGCGGCUGCCGAUUUUGCACCCUGAUAGAAGCGACCCCACUGACACUAAAUACGUGAAAGUCAAGACCUGGGACACGGUACUAGUAGAGUGA